AUGGCUUCCUCACCAUCAAAAAAAGAUCUGGCCUCUUCCAGUACUGAUAAAUUGACCAUGAAACUUCUGAUUGACACAAAGGAUCAGAAGGUUCUCUUCGCUGAAGCAUCCAAACCUGUUAUAGAUUUUCUCUUUAACCUGCUCUGCCUUCCCAUUGGAACUGUAGUGAGGCUACUCAACCAGAAUGGCAUGGUAGGUUGCUUGGGAAAUCUUUACAAAAGUGUGGAAAAUCUCAAGGACAACUACAUGGUACCAAACCAAGAUAAGGAUGUUCUGUUAAAGCCAAAAGCUACCAUUUCUUCAACUGAAAUCGGUGGCCUUCUUCCCGCAAACUAUGACGAUUCCAAAGACAACCUAGGAUCUUCCUUCUUUAUAUGCCGGAAUAGUGGUUGUCCUAUACGUGUGACAUGUUAUAACACAACUCCUUGUCCUCAAUGUGGUCGAGCUAUGAACUAUAGAGUAGAUUAUGCAGGAAAGAAGGUUGCUAAUGAUAAGGGAAAUUCCAUAAAGAGUGGGUUUGUGAAAGAUAUGGUACCUUUCAUGGUCAUGGACGAUUUAGUGGUUGAGCCAAUGUCAACCAUAUCAAGCAUUACAUUGCUGAAUAAGUUCAAUGUCAAAGAUGUUGGUGCCUUGCAAGAAAUGGUUGUUGAGCUGGGGAUGGAUGAGGGUGUUAAGUUGCUUAAGGCUUCUCUGGAGUCCAACAUGGUUUUGACAAGUUUGUUUAUCAAGAAGACUAAUGUGGAAGUGGAAAAGAAGAGCGAGGAAAACAUUAUUGAGAAGGAUAUUGUGAUGAAGGAGGCCCCGAAAAAGAAAAGAAGAAGAAGAAUGUUAUGA